CUCAUUAAAUGCGUCGUGCACCUGCCGGAGCUCUGGUUGGUAUAGGGGCUGGCAGAACGCCGUGGAAAUGCUUUGCAAGCGUACAGUCCAUCACGCAGCUUAGAGGGUAACCCCCGAGCAAACAAAAGCCGAGUCAAAUGGACGCAAGGGAAGAAGUUGGCGAGGAAACGGAUUUUUCCAACCUUCCCAAUGUUAUUCCACCUUGGAGUCAACUGGAAAUGAUGUCGAUUACAGCUUCCGCAUUUCUGGGACGGAGUUUGGGAAUGCGUUUGCUGUGAGCAGUCUUUGCAGGUUGUCUCCCGCACGUUUUCACUCGGCUGCCUGUGUACAGAAACGUGUGACUGACCUGUGCAGUUUCGGCACAGUGUGCAUUUGGACAUCAAAGCGCUCCAGAUGUUCUUCAUCGCUGGUUUCUUUCAAGGCGGAGAUUUCCCUCUGUCCCAGAGGAGAGGUUAAAUCUUUCUGACACAUUUACAGUAAUUAACUAACAUCCGUAUUGUCUGUAUCUUUAAUUCUAACCGUUUAUACACUUAGGUUCUCCAGGAGUUUGACGACAAGGUUAAGUCUAGGUGUUGUCAUUGAGGCUGGGUGCUUGGAGAGUUCCUUGACAUGGCCCUGGAUUUAAGCGGACAAUGGGAAAGGGAAAACUUGUAACAAAGGGAUCACAAGAUCUUUGUGAGAAGCUUCUUAGAGAUGAUCAGCAAGCAUUGUUUGGUCACUGACUGCACGGUCCAUGCCACUGAAACAGAUGCACUGGAUUGAAACACAGCCUCAUCAGUGCUAACUACACAUCAGUUUGAAAUGAUGGCAAAUUCAACAGAGCGAAAUGAAUCUCUCAGCAACCUAACAGACAUCUUUGAUACUGAAAGAGGGAGCUCUUACAAAACAGUUGAAGUGGUCUUCAUUGUAAUUGUGGCCGGAUCUUUAAGCUUGGUGACCAUCAUUGGAAACAUUCUAGUCAUGGUUUCUAUCAAAGUAAACAGACAUUUACAAACUAUUAACAACUAUUUUAUUUUCAGUUUAGCCUGUGCUGAUUUGAUUAUUGGGGUAUUCUCUAUGAACCUAUACACCAUUUACAUUGUAAUUGGCUACUGGCCUAUGGGCCCUGUAGUAUGUGAUUUAUGGCUUGCUCUAGAUUAUGUUGUCAGUAAUGCCUCUGUCAUGAAUCUCCUUAUCAUCAGCUUUGACCGGUACUUCUGUGUAACAAAGCCCCUUAGUUACCCCGUGAAGAGAACAACUAAGAUGGCAGGUAUGAUGAUCGCAGCUGCUUGGGUGCUGUCCUUUAUCCUGUGGGCUCCUGCUAUUCUCUUCUGGCAGUUCAUCGUAGGGGGGCGAACGGUUAGUGAGGGUGAAUGUUAUGUACAGUUCUUCUCAAAUCCAGCUGUCACUUUUGGCACUGCUAUAGCUGCCUUUUAUCUUCCCGUUAUUAUAAUGACGAUUUUGUAUGUACAUAUAUCUCGCGCCAGCAAGAGUCGAAUUAAGAAGGAUAAAAAGGAAACAGAAUCAAACAAGGGCACCAUUUCUCCUAGUCUAGUAAAAGGCAAAAUAAUAAAACCAAAUAAUAACAACAUAACAAAUGCUCCUGAUGGGUUGCCACACUGCAAAAUGCAAAAUGGUAAAAUAACUGGUGAUGUAACAACUGAUAAUUGUGGCCCAGGAGAGGAGAAGGAGCUCUCCAAUGAGUCAACUUCACUCAGUGUGGUCCCAUCAAACCAGAAGGAGGAAGGAGUGAUCCAAGAGAGCAGAAACAUCUCUACUACGCAAAGCCGUUUCAAGAUGGACAACUCCAAACUCUCUUGCAUAAAGAUAGUCAGCAAUUCUCAAAAAAGUGACUACUGUAGCACCACAGUAGAAAUAGUGCCAGGUAGCAGCAGCAAGAAUGGGAAUGACAGAGAGAUCAGAACAGCUCAUAAGAUCAUUAAAAUGACUAAAACCCCGGCAAAGAAAAAGAAGGUGGCUGUAACCCGAGAGAAAAAGGUGACUAGAACCAUCCUAGCUAUUCUCUUGGCAUUUAUCAUCACCUGGACCCCAUAUAAUGUCAUGGUGCUCAUUAACACCUUCUGUUCAAUCUGUGUCCCCAACACAGUCUGGACUAUUGGAUACUGGCUCUGUUACAUCAACAGUACAAUCAACCCAGCCUGUUACGCACUGUGUAAUACUACCUUCAAGAAAACCUUCAAACACCUUCUCUUGUGUCAGUACAAGAACAUAGGUGCAACUAGAUAAAAACAACUAUAAGCACAACUUUAUGAACAUUUUAUACAUAUUGAGGAAGUUACUUUCAUAUUGUACAUCCAGAAAUAUAUGUAUUGUGUUAAUU